GACCAGCAUGGAUCACGUUUCAUCCAGCAGAAGCUUGAAACGGCCAACAGCGACGAGAAAGAGCGUCUCUUCCGAGAGAUUCAACCGAACGCGAUUCAGCUCAUGACAGACGUGUUCGGAAACUAUGUCAUCCAGAAGUUCUUCGAACACGGCGACCAGAACCAGAAGAAGAUUCUAGCCAAUAAGAUGAAGGGACGUGUCUUGGAUCUGUCGCUGCAGAUGUAUGGCUGUCGUGUUGUGCAGAAGGCUCUCGAGCAUAUACUCAACGAUCAGCAAGCUUCCCUUGUUCGUGAACUGGAGAAAGACGUGUUGAGAUGUGUCAAAGACCAGAACGGAAACCAUGUCAUCCAGAAGGCCAUCGAACGCUGCGAUGCCAAAGACAUAUCCUUUGUCUUCCAAGCUUUCACUGGUCAAAUCCAGCAUCUCAGUGUCCAUACCUACGGAUGCCGAGUUAUCCAGCGAUGCCUUGAGAACUGCGAGGACCUGACACGGAAGGCAAUCUUGGCAGAAUUGCACGACUGCAUGCCCACCUUGAUCGGUGACUCGUUCGGCAAUUAUGUGGCACAACAUGUUGUUGAAUACGGCUUCGUGCUUGAUCGGCAAAGAGUACUCGAGCUUGUACUCAAGGGCUUGGAAGGAUACAGCAAGCACAAGUUUGCAAGCAACGUCGUGGAAAAGUGCCUGACUCACUCUGCAGAGACAUGGAAGCACGAUGUCAUUGACGUGAUUGUGCGCAACAACCAACGCGAAGGAGAGAGCAUGCUUCUUGGUCUCAUCAGAGACAACUAUGGUAAUUACGUGAUUCAGAAGCUCUUGGAUCUUCUGAGCCAACAAGACUUCGACUGUUUUACCGAUGUCCUCCAGCCGGAGCUCGCAAAGGCUAAGCGAACAGGAUGUGGCAAACAGGUUGCUGCGAUCGAGAAGCGUAUGCAGAGACCAUACGACCAGAAUCUCUUGGCCCAUCCAACCGCCUUUGGCAGCCGUACCGUCUCGCAGAAUACGACACCUCCACCUCCACCAUUGACUGCCGACCAGCGUAGCCUUCAGACCAGCUCCGUUGGUAGCGUCAAUGGAGAUGCUCUCGAGGGCGCCGCUAGCAGCCGUAAAGGUUCCAUUGAGCACGUGGUGCCCACUGUCUAUGAAGGUUAGUAUUCAACAAGUGUUGCGGACCGACCUUCAUUCACUUCUGUUCUACUAAAAGAUAUCUUUUCGGACCACUUGUAUUCUCUUCCUGUUAUUGGUUAACUCGUACAUCUAUCCUUAUUCCCACACGCAUGGUCAAGGCGUAUCACGACGGCAAAAAGCAGCAGAAACCGGACGGCGUCAACAAUCUCUUU